GACACGUAAACACAGUUUAAAUCUUUUACUCCCUCAUUUUUUUACUUUUAAAAACACGUGAUUUAUAUUUAUUAUUAAUUUCGAUUUUCUAACUGAAAAGUUGCGGCUGAGACGCUCAGAGCUGCGUCACAAAUCGCGGCGAGUUCGUGUUUCCGCUCGGAGGACUAAAGCAGGAGGACUCUCUUCCUGCUCGUUUGUUAUGGGAGUUUCUUGCUGAGCUUGUUUGGACGAAAAUGAGCGGCUUUAAGAGGUUUUUGGGCGCAAACGUCGCCUUCCUGGCGCUGCGGUGGUGUCUGGUUUGUUGCGAUAUAACAGAUGGAAACGCGGAACAUCUGAAGAGAGAACACUCGUUGAUGAAACCUUAUCAAGGUGUUGGCAGUCAGUGGGACUUUGGGGGGAGCACGUUGGUGACCAGCUCUUACGUCCGACUCACUCCGGAUGAGAGGAGCAAGGAGGGGUCCAUCUGGAACACUGUGCCUUGUUACCUGAAGGACUGGGAGAUGCACGUGCAGUUUAAAGUUCACGGGUCGGGGAAGAAGAACCUCAACGGCGACGGCAUCGCUAUCUGGUACACGAGGGACCGGCUGCAUCCAGGCCCUGUGUUUGGAAACCAAGAUCACUUUGUUGGCCUGUCUUUAUUUGUGGAUACCUUCCGCAAUGACCUCCAUGACAUGGAU